CAAGCAUACACAUAGUUGGCCCAAUCUUUGUAGGUUAAACGCCAGCAACCAGUUGUGACUUCUUAUGCCCCCAGUAGUUUGUGGCGGCCAAUCCUUGAGAUAGCAAUGGCCGUGACCUGCUCAACAACACGUAUUCUCAUAUGGAGCUUAUGGGCAUUUACUGCGCUUGCUUCCGUCGCCUACAUGGCAGUUAGCAUAGUUACAUUCGUCAACAUUGUAAAGGGGGUAAAAGAUGGCUACAUCAUGGAGUAUUAUAUGGAUGGGGCUCAUGUAAAAUCUCGGAUCCCGGCUUAUAAAAAUGGACUACUUUCUUCUUGCAUGCUCGGCUUCUUAAUGGCCUUAUUCUGGGUAAUCUUCAGCUUCUUUGUUUUGCUUCGGCGGGUAUUCCGUAACGUAUCCAUGGGUUAUGGGGUGCUGCUCGCCACAUGCUCCCACACGGGCUGCUUCAUGCUGCUGGCAGGGCUCAUGCUGAACUCCCAGAAGAGGGUAGCUUCAGAUCUUCAGAAUUACGCGUUCUGGGGUGCCAGCGGCUAUCACAUCUACGUGACUACCUUCGCUUUCAACUACUUCCUCACAGCCCUGUAUUUUGUCAACUUCCUAGUUCUGCUUGGAACCUCGAACACUAUGAUGACACAGAAGUCGGACCGGGGUGCUACCUACGCGGCGUCACCGCCGCCUGCUAGCGUGACACCCACGAUGAGCCCCACAGCUGCCCUUGAGCUGCCUAGCGGCGUAUGGGGCAACUCCUACCAAGGGGGUGCCGUUUGAGCUUGACUCGCACCUAGCUAGCAGGAGUGCCGCACCGUUGGUCUGGAUGACGACAGUGCGUACGGAGCGGGAGGAUCGGAACUCACCUGGUGGGAGGCUGAUGGUAUGGCUCGGUUGGGGCUUGGGAGGCUGUUGGGUCCCAAAAAGGGCGGCAAACUUUGCCCUUUGGGGUGUUCAAGCGGCCGCUUGUGAUGUGCUCCGUUGUGUCUCUUUUGGUACUGGCGUUUGCUCUUACCUUCCGUGUAUGAGUGGAGGAAGUUUGAGGAAGAUAGCCACACCAUUUUUAUCGUGAAAGUGCGUUGCAAUGAGAAAUGAAGACUCCAUUUAUUAGGGGCUGCAGAAGAGAGGAAGGGAGGUUACGGGUGUGCCCUGCGGCCAGUGCUGUUUGGGCUUUGCAACUUUGCAAAGCAUAGUACUUUGUCACAUUUGGUGUCUGAGGCAGUCGGAGGCGGAAAAAUAAGUUCUGCGGCCCUAGUCCAUGUGGGGUUUGAUUGGCUACUUGGUGUGUACGGCAGCUCAUGUAUGAUUGGUACUUUGGCAUCUGCUAAAACAGCAAUCUCUUGUAUGUUUGUGAAAGCAUUGUGCUUUAUUCUUUACUAUCGAUGCGCCUCUUUAAGCAGCCCAAGGUGUGCUAAAUACGUAACGCCGAGCUUGGGAGCAACUGCUGAAGCUUCGAUGGUGUUUGGCGUGGAAUAGUUGACUGCACGUGAUACCGGUAGUGCGUCCCAGUUGCAACGUGCAGCAUAUCUUGGCGUGGAAUGCCCCACCAUGUGGUGGCUGUAUGUUGGGUUUCGCCUGCUGCUGCUGCUGCUGCUGCUGCUAGUGGUGAUGAUGAUGAUGAUGAUGAUGAUGAUAAUGAUGAUAAUGAUGAAUGCCAUGUCCCGGUUGACCAACAUAUGGAGAAUAUUGCGAGUUUGCAACGUACCAUGCCUUCUCCGGCAUGCUCCCUUCGCAAGAAUUUUGAGCUGCGGUGUUGCCAUCCUGCCUUGUGUGAUCCUUGUGAAGGAGACGGCGUUCGGCAUAGCCUGUCGCAUUAUUUUUGCCCUUCGCAAGCCGAGGGGUGCUUGCCCGGACAACCCAUACACCACCAAUGCGUGCAUCAUUGGUUGUGGCUGGCACGCCUCGCAAUGUAUCCUCUACAGCGUGCGAGCACUAUCUGGC